CGCACGGUAACAGCGGCGGGACUUUCACAUUGUUCUCUUCUUUAUCGCAGUUCACUGAUCUCUUCCAUCGUGACCGAGAUUACGGUCGUUUCAGGACCGUCGAUCAAGCAGUUCGACUGGGAGCAAGCCCAGUGUCCGCCAGUCACUGAAGCUCUCCUACAUUCCACCGCGUUCGUCGCUUCACUCUCCUUCCCGUGACUGAACAAAAUGUCUCUACGUUCACAGAACUCGCCUAGACGAGCACACUUCUCCCGUCACGGUUUCCAUCCAAUACCGAUUACGCACCAAAGCAACAUGGCCGACUCGAACGACGCUACGAUUGACAUUCCUUUGGAGAAUGUGCCAGCAAACGGCCGUGAAGCCACGAUUGGACAUCAAAGCAUUACCCCUUUGAGACCGUCUACAAGCGAUGACUCUCCGAACAAAGAGAGGCGGCCACUAUUCAGGGGCCGUCGGCGGCAGCAAGAUCCUAACAAGGCCAGGACCGGUCAUGUUGGGUACGACGGCGAAGAAGAUACGAUCAACAUGAUGGGACGGAUGUACAAAAAGGUCAGAGAUUCGAGUGCUAUCAUACGGUAUUUGCUCUACGUGCUACCCGUGGCAGCAUGCAUUGCGGUCCCUAUCGUGAUCGGAGCGACAGCCGCACCACACGCAAAGAUCGGCGGCGUGAGGAUACUGUGGUUCUUCGUAUGGGUGGAGGUGGUCUGGGCCUCUUUAUGGGCGUCGAAGAUUGUGGCUCACUGCCUACCGAAUCUCUUCGAGAUUUUUGCUGGGUUCGUCUCCUCGGGUGUCCGCAAGUAUUCGCUGGUCUUGCGCGCUUUGGAAAUACCGCUCAGCCUUGUAGGCUGGGCAGUGGCAUCUCUGGCUACGUUCGUGCCAGUCAUGACUAAGAAUCCGGACGUGCCGAACUCUAGCCUCAGACCCUGGGAGGUGAUUGUUCAGGAGAUUCUGGGCGCUGCCACAGUAGCGUCGCUCAUUUACCUGAGUGAGAAGACCAUUAUCCAGCUCAUCUCAAUCGACUAUCAUCGGAAACAGUUUCAUUUCCGGAUCAAAGAAUCGAAGCGCAACAUCUAUUUGCUGAGCUUGUUGUACGAAGCCUCCAGGACACUGUUUCCGUCCUAUUGCAAUGAGUUUGCCGAGGAAGACUACACCAUUUCAGACCAGCUCGCUACUCUAGGUCUGAAUGGCAAGGGUCGCCGCCAUGCGAGGUCCGGCUCCGGAACGCCAAUGCGUGUCCUUCACGACAUUGGUAGGUACGGUGACAAGCUCACAUCGGCCUUCGGACAAGUCGCGCAUGAAGUUACUGGCAAGCAUAUAUUUGACCCCAAUGGCGCACACUCUAUUGUUGUCCAGGCCCUAGAGAGACCGGCUGCCGCCGAGGCGCUGGCGAAGCGUAUCUGGACGUCUUUGGUGGUUGAAGGCAAUGAGGAACUCCGCCAAGACGACCUUCUGGACGUGCUUGGCCCGGACCGAAGGACAGAGGCUGAAGAAGCGUUCGCAGCUCUCGACCAGGAUGGCAAUGGAGACAUUUCGCUGGACGAGAUGGUCCUCAUGGUGACAGAAUACGCACGGGAGCGCAAAGCCAUUGCCAGAUCGAUGCACGACGUGGAUCAGGCAAUCAACGUCCUAGACGGUCUGUUCGGCGCUGUCGUGCUUGUUGCAGUGGUUUUCACCUUCAUAGCCUUCUUGAACAGAAGCUUCGUAACGACGCUGGCGACCGCGGGCACGGCCCUUCUGUCAUUGUCUUUCGUCUUCGCAACGACAUGCCAGGAGGUUCUCGGUAGCUCCAUCUUCGUCUUCGUCAAGCACCCCUACGACGUCGGAGACCGCAUCUAUAUCAACGCGGAUCAAAUGGUGGUCGAGCACAUCAGUCUCCUCUUCAGCGUUUUCCGCAGAACUAAUGGCGCCAACAUCGGCCGGACGGUGCAAAUACCGAACAUUGUCCUUAACACACUGUGGAUUGAGAACAUCUCCCGCAGCAAGGCCAUGAGCGAACAGCUAGAAAUCGACGUCGACUUUGGCACGACCUUCGAUGACGUGCAGAUAUUGAGAAACGAACUGAUCAACUUCGUCACGGACAAAGACAACAGCAGAGACUUCCAGCCGGUCAUUGAGGUCGGCAUCCUCGGCGCAUCUGAUCAGUCCAAGCUGCAGCUGCAGGUCGAAAUCAAACACAAGAGUAACUGGGCAAAUGAGAGCGUCCGGCAAGCCAGGCGCACAAAAUUCAUGUGCGCACUUGUGUCGGCGCUGAAAACCGUCCCUAUCUACCCGCCUGGCGGUGGAUGUGAUCCUCAAGGAAGUGCGGCUAAUCCGGCGUAUAACGUGUCCGUUUCGGAUGAGCAGGCAAAGCAGAGUGUUGCGGCGGCGGCGAAGGCUAGGAAAGACGCUCGCUUGGUGCCGACCAAGAAGAUGACAGACUCUGAGAAUACCGUCAGUCUCACCGCAAGUGGCAGAUCAGGUGCUGCGGGCUUGUCUACUCAUGACAAUAAGGUCGUUGGUGACCUGGCGUCUCGCAACCCCGCGAUAGACCCAUCACGCGAUCAGGCAUGGACGUCAGGGCGGGAGGACGAUGAUAGUACGCUUGGUGAGCGUCCAAGCAUAGACCAGCAAGAGAUCGAAGAAGUCAAAGGCUUGCUACAUCGGCAAAGCACAAAAGGCAAGCGCAAGCUAUACCCGGAGUCUUCCCGCGGUUUGCAGGUACCCUCCGUGCCUACCAUUUCCGAGCCGUCCGGUGUGGGCUCAGCAGAUUACGCGCAGCCAUCCGUGACCGGCUACCAGAGUACUGGCUUCUCGAACUCGCCUUCGGCGUAUCAGCCUCCUAUCCGCAAUCAGAUCUCGCAAGGUUCAAAUUUCUCGGCGCGACUGCCCCGUAUUGCGCCUACAUCGCCGUUGGACAUGCAGCAGAUGUCGGGGAACGCCACCAAUCCCUAUGGCAAGCGGUCGGAUAGCGCCAGUAGGAAGCCGGUGGGUCCAGCGGCGGGGGACAGCGGUCGUGGUGAGGGCUCGUUCGAGAAUAUGAGGCCUUACUCCGGUGUUUGAUGGCAAGGGGUCUUUGCGUGCACGGGAAGUUGAUUUAAAGCGAGGCGUUGGCGGAGUCAGUGAAAGCGUGGCGUGGCAACGAGCAGAUUGCCACCUCUAUGCUGUACUCCACUGCACAAUAGCAUGGGUCGUGAAGGCAUUCAAUGCCUAUACUCUCAUGGUUGUUUAGCCAUUCAGACUGGCAAGUUGCAAUUCGAGCACGGCGUUUGUGUUCCGCCUAACGAUCAAUCUUUCGCAGCCAUGUCCGUCAUGCCUCAAGCGGAGGCCCUGCCUAACCUAACACAAGCAAAUCCUAAGCCCC